CAAACUGGGAAGAACCAAACCCAAAAUCCCACCACUUCCCUUUUUUAUUUUUCUUUUCGCUUUACCCUUUUUCUCCCUUGCGAAAAGCCCUCUUCCUUCCUCAUAUCUCCCCCAGAUCUAGGGCAAACUCGCCGUCCCUUUCCAGAUUCCACCAACUAUCCGUUAUAGCGCCAUUUCCUGCCGUUUCGACCCUCCAUUUUCCGUUUCCUGACCGUUAUUCUACCCAUCCCUACCGAAGAUGUCAGCUACCGUUGCCGAGAAGCCGGAAGAAAAGAAGGCUGCUGCAGGAGAGGUGCUGUUUUGUGGUGCAACGAACUGGGAAAUCAUGGGCCGAAAGACCGGAGCUAGUGUCACUGGAAAUCUCUUCUCUCCGACUCGGCUUCGGCCGCUCAUGAACAUCGACAUUCGCUACGUGGCUUCUGGAUGCACAUCUUGCCAUUGUGUGGCUUUGGAUGUCCAAGGUCGCUGCUAUACUUGGGGACGAAAUGAGAAGGGACAAUUGGGACAUGGGGAUACUGUUCAGCGGGAUAUGCCAACAGUUGUGUCUGAACUAUCAAAAUAUAACAUUAUUGCUGCUGGAGCUGGGAGGUUUCAUACAGUGGUGGUAACUGAAGAUGGGAACUCCUUGUCUUUUGGUGGGAAUAAGUUUGGACAGUUGGGUACAGGUUCAGCAAAAAGUGAAUUUGAGUCAUCUCCAGUCCGUUGUCUGGUUUCGCAAGUAACAAAUGCUGUCUGUGGGGCAGAGUUCACCGUGUGGCUAUCUUCAGUUGAAGGAGCUUCUAUACAAACCGCCGGCCUUCCACAGUAUGGCCAACUUGGACAUGGAACUGAUAACCAGUAUAAUCUUAAAGAAGGUUCGGUGAAGCUUGCUUAUGAAGCCCAGCCUCGCCCACGGGCAAUAGCUUCACUUUCCAGCAAAACUAUUAUCAAAGUUGCCUGUGGAGUAAACCAUACAGUUGCUGUGGAUUCAAGUGGCUUUGUUUACACGUGGGGAUUUGGUGGCUAUGGAAGGCUGGGACAUAGAGAGCAGAAGGAUGAGUGGGUUCCUCGUCUUGUUGAAGUCUUUCAAAAGAAUAAUCUUCUACCUCCAACUGCCGUGGUUUCAGCUGGUUCUGUUAAUUCUGCGUGUACUGCUGCUGGAGGCCAGUUGUAUAUGUGGGGUAAGCUAAAGACUACAGGUGAUGAGUGGAUGUAUCCCAAGCCUGUGAUGGAUUUGAGUGGCUGGAAUAUCCGUUGCAUGGAUUCAGGUAAUAUGCACCACUUUUGUGGUGCUGAUGAGUCGUGUAUAAGUUGGGGUCAAGCUCAAUAUGGAGAGCUAGGAUAUGGUCCUGACGCACAGAAGUCAUCUGCGAAUCCCAAAAAAGUAGAUAUCCUUGAGGGUAUGGGUGUUAUUAGUGUUGCUUGUGGAAUGGGGCAUUCACUGAUUGUUGUAGAUAGAGCAAAUGUCAGCGACCGAUUGGACCAGCUUGAAAUUUUAGAUGGUGAAGCUCCUGCUGAAGUAUCGGAAGAAAAUGAAAGCCAAAAACCUGCUGCAAAGAAAACUACGAAAAAAGGAGCUGCUAGUGCUUCUGCAAAUUCUAAGAAAAGGAAGUCCAAGGAUUCAUCAUCAGACUCAGAAGAGGAAAGUGAUGAUGACAGUGAAGAGGAAGCAAAUGGGCUGGUUGAAGUCAAGAAAGGGCGGCAUGGUGGAAAAGCUUCUAGUCGGGGCCGUGGUAGGGGUGCCAAAAAGCUUGUGGCUGAGGAGAAGAAAGCUCCUGCACGUGGUCGUGGACGUCCUAGAGCUCAGGAGAAGAAAAGUUCUCAGCCUGCUCGAGGGCGAGGAGUAGCUGGCAAGAAGGGAAAAUCCAGUAAGUGAUGGUUUUCCCAAUCGACACUGAAUUUUGUUAACUAUUCCAACCAUGGGUCUUCAUUUUUAAAUCCAUCUAAUUCAUGAUGGUUAGUUGCUGAGAACUAUGCUCAUCUGCAAUAACUUCCGGCCCACAUUCAAAGUUAGUGAGAGGAAUGAAGGAAAAGCUCAUAGGAGUUGAAUUUUAGUGUGUCCUCUUUAGUGUUUCUUUUUGGAAUGAAGGAAAGUUCACAGGAGAUGUUUUUCUCAUUAGAUGUUGGGAGAGCUUUGCUCCAUUUUGUAAUGUUGUUUGAAUAGCACUGGUUAGCUAUUUUAGUGAUGCAAGAAGCUCUUGUUAGACGAA